CCCCAAUUACAGGUCCAAAAGCUCGCCACUGAAUCCGCUGAACCGUCGACGUUUGUCCAAAUCGAGAUCAUCAAGCCGAAUGAAAGCAGCGAAGAAGUGCUGACCAUCGUCGAUGCAGAGAAGCUCAUCCCUGACUUGCUGAGAGUAGCCGCUGCGGCCAGCAAGUUGAAGAUGGAGAACGUUACUGUAAGUCUGGUGAAGCAGGGCGAUACAGCUCACCAGGAGCUUGUCAUCGAGUAUGAAAGCCAUAUUGAAGAUGCUGUCGAUUUCAACUUAUCACAUUUUGUCUACGAAGGCCACAAAAGCGAGGUGAGCACCCGACAAGAGAGGUGGUCUCGACGAUCUCGAUAUUCUGACGUGGACGACAAGGUGGUGGCAGUUUUCAUGGAGGUGGAUGCAACUUGUCCCGACCAGAGUGUGGAAAUUGUGGCAUCGGUUAGUAUGCCUGCAGAGGUCAAAGUGGAUCGACCGCCUGCAACACCUUCGCCAGAAAUAAUGGAGGUAUCCGAGUCGUUAACGGAAUCGUCAAACGCGGUAGGACAGCAGAUUCCAAGAUUCACCAAAACAUUACAAGACUGUCAUACGGUGGUCGGAAGAAGUGCUCAGUUCAAAUGUAUCGUCAGCGGAAUGCCCCCACCAGAGGUGGCAUGGUAUGUCGAUGGAGAUGUCAUUCAAUCCAGCCGGGAAUAUGAAAUCGUAUACGAAGAUGGUGUUUGCAUUCUGCGGAUCAACGAGGCAUUGGCCGAAGAUGAAGGCGAGUACAGCUGCGAGGCGAAGAACUCGGCUGGCAAGGCGGUAACCAAAUGCUAUCUGAAAGUUCUCAUUCAUUCAUGUAGAUCAGCUUACGUUUUGUUUUGUGUUUUGUGCCUUUCGUAUGUGUGUUGUCUGGCGGCUGCGCUCCCCUCUACAUGCAUGGAAAUGACAAUGAGAACCUCCCCGUUUUCCAUUUCAGAAGACGAACCGCCACCGGCUCCACGCUUUAUCGAGCACGCCCCAUCGCUAGUCGAACUCGUUGACGAUGCUGAAGACUCAUUCGAUUCCUUCGAAUGGGAGGAAAAGAAGGCCAACAAGCUGUUCGCUUCUGAUACCGAAUCACUUCAUCCCUCCUCAGUUACUUACAACUCCGAAUUUGACCUUUCGAGAAUAGUGAAUUACAACGAGGAUAUGAAGGAGACCAAUGCCUUCCACAGGUAUUUCGACACGGCUGAGGCCGGGGUUCGAGUCCUGGAGUGGGAGCAACGCGAACGACUCUACGCUUCAUUCCUAAGCAGACCAGCGGCGAGUGCCCGGCUGGACCUCAUCAUUCCCAAGCCGGCUUCUUAUAGUUCUGCUGCGCAUCUUUUUGCAAUUCCUUCAAUACAAAUCACCCAUGCGGACAUCGUAGGAAGCCAUGAAAAAUCAGAGACUGAGCUCCAAAAUGAGCGACCUGGAAGCGCCGCCAAGACUGAAACGAAGGAACCUCGUGAACCAGAUCUGCCCUCGAAAAUGUCCUAUAAGGGACAGGAGAUUGCCAUCUCAGUUAAUGAGAUAGAGAAGGAAGAGAUGACCCUAAAUGAGAGCGGUGAGGUGGAAAUCUCGAAGAAAACCUGCAUGGAGACCUCACUCGAGUUCGAUACUGAGCUCGACAUCACACAGUCUAUUAGGAAAAUCCGUAACGCACUGCCUGAGGAAAACGAUGAUUUCGACCUUGGUGCCGAGACGAAGGUUGAAAAUCACGAGAUACCUGCAGAACCCACAGAAAAACCAGACCUGUCCGAUAGACCUCGAGCCCAGUCUACCCUCCCAAAACCGCGUCCUUUGGGCAAACAGGCAAGCACUGCAAAACUCGAGUCAACCAUGUUUGACCCAGAAUUUCUCAGUAAAAUGAAAGAAAUUGAACGAAUAGCUCGUCAAGUGGACGAAGAGCUCGGCCAUCUCUCCUCCUCACCACGUCCGACAGCCUCACCUCCAGAAGAUGCAAAGGAAAUUGAGGAGGCCAUUUACAAGAUUUCUGACCAGCUCAUGCUUGCCCGUCCUAUAACUGAAGCUCAAGCAGAAGCGAAUGAAGAGCUGCUCAGAACUACUCUGGCCGACAUGAUUUUGAAUCCAUCAAGAACUGCUGCAGAAGAGAUUGAGCUAAUGACACGCCCCAUCCAACUUUUGAAGAGAAAACUGUCCGACCUCGAGAAUUCUCUGCUGGAAGACGCAGAGGUGACAGAUAUUACUGAACAUCCUUGCCCUAUCACUGAGACCGCCAUUCUUACGGGUGAAACACCACCAGUUUUGAGAGCUAAAAAAGGUUCUCGAAACCGAGUCCCAAGUGCGGGUUACCUGAGAGUUACCCCACUGACGACUAACAUCAAGGAUCAGUUAUCGAGUCUUGAAGAGAUGAUCUCUCAGAUGAAUGGUGAAACUUCAGAUUCCACGACGGACGACGCAGACACCCAUCCCUUGGUCAAAGGGAGCAGCCAGAAGAAACGAGAGCUGCACGACUUAUUUGUUCAGAUCAACAACGAAAUUAACACGAUCAAGACUUACUGCAGGACUCAGUUGUCUAAGAGGGGCACCGAUGCCGUCAUGAACGUCCUUCACAAAGUUCGCACUCAUGUGACGAGUAUUGUGAACGUAAUGUCCCUCUCAAAGAGGAAACAUGCGAAAGCUAUAGACAAGCAUGCCGUAACAGUUACCACCAACUGUGACUUUGGACGGCCAUCUGAAACAUACCAGACGGAGGUGGUGGUGAUGACAAAAUCGUCAUCCGUGGAGAACUCAGACUACCAUAGGUCAUCCACAGCUGUUUCAACAAGUGACGAUACAUGGAAAUACUCCACAGAUCUGAAAAGCGCGCUGAAAGGAGUCGUACCGAACGGGAUUGACGAAGAAGAUGAGCCGCCCCUAAUAGGGACCGUUGAAUGCACCACAGAGGAAGAAGCUCCCGCUCCCGCUCCUGCUCCUAUCGCUCCCCCGCGACGACGUCGAACUCGCAGUGCAGAUGCGGAGCCUACGGAUCCUCCAUCCAGGCCUCCUAGAAAGAUGAAGGAAAGUCUCAAAAAGCGAGAUCUUUCGCUGGACAACAAACGCACUCCAGCGGCUCCGUUGAAUGGUGAGAAGCCAGGAGACUCUCCUAUUCUGCCCUCAAAAGAUGCCAGUCCUCCUGGUAAAACGAAAAAGUCCUUUGCGGGUGACACAUUUGACAUGCUAAGGAACUUUAGCUGUGUGCGAGCCCAGAAAGGCCAAGAGGAUUUGGAGAAAUCGCUUCUCGAAGAGCUCAGUCAGAUGGCUGUAACCCCAAAAGAGGACGAAGUGCUGUCUGAACCUGAAUGGGUACAAAAUGAACUGGAAGAGUCGUUGAAAAGAGGUGCCGAAAGGGCUAAAGUUGAACGAAGCAAGGAUAUUGAAGUGGAACUUGAGCCCGUGUCGAUUUACGAGACCCCUAAGGCAACUACUCCUGAGAGAGAAAUCGACGCCAAGGAAAAACAAAAAGUUAUGGCUCUUCCACAAUCGGAAAAGCCCGCUGAGGCUUGGCCAGGAUCAGAAAAGCCUCCCACGGCGUGGCCAGAAGCAGAGAGGACCGCUGAGGCGUGGCCAAAAUCAGAAAAGCCUCCCGAGGCGUGGCCAGAAGCAGAAAGGGCCGCUGAGGCGUGGCCAAAAUUAGAAAAGCCUCCCGAGGCAUGGCCGAAAACAGAAAAGCCUCCCGAGGAGUGGUCAGAACCAGAAAGGGCCGCUGAGGCGUGGCCAAAAUUAGAAAAGCCUCCCGAGGCAUGGCCGAAAACAGAAAAGCCUCCCGAGGCGUGGCGGGAACCAGAAAGGACCGUAGAGACCGCCUACGCGGGAACGUCCCUCUCAGCUGCAUAUCUUCUGCUUUCGGAAGCCACUGCAUCAUUGGAAAUACCAUUGACCAGCGUGAUGACGACGUCAGGCGACAUAUGGGCGGAAGACGGUCUAAGUUCUGUGCAGAUGACCUGCGAAGAGUCAGACUAUGCAACCGACACAGAUACCUCAGCCCUGCUCAAGGGAACUGUCCAGUUUUUCAACAAAUACUCCCCAAGGGGUACACCCCAGUCAAACUCUUCCAUGAGUGCUUCCCAGAGAAAUUCAAAGGUUAUGCCUGACCUUUCUGAACAAGAUGAGUCUGUCGAAAUUGCUGUCGAUGUUGAGCUGAAUAAAACAGGCACCAGCAAUAGGGAAGAUGUAGAACUGCACUUCAACGAGGUGAGCAUGAUGACGAAGAGCGACGAGAAGGGUAAACGUGGUUAUCUUUUACCUCCCAGUCAUGAUAAAGUCUCCCCAGAAAAGGAAUCGAUUUCGGAAGAUACUGUACACCUUGUGUUGGAAGAGGCCCACCUCUCUCAGAUGGUCUCGUCUGAAUGGACAGACGAUACCGACGGUCAACCGUCAUCGAGAAUGGGAAUGAGAGAAACUGACAUCCUCAGCGAUGAUUCCGUCAUUACAGAGAUCGAUCGAUCAAUAAUUGACAACAUUGACGAGUCGUUCACGUUCACCCGGGCUCCCGCGAAGAAAGCGCUGAUCGCGGUUGUUUUCCCGGACGUGCGGAUGUUCGCGAGUGCACGAAUCGCUGACAACACUUUCGAUGUGGAAAUACAUCAAGAGCCGGAAAGCUUGAGCUUGGUGAUAAGAGUGGUCGAGGACCAGGUGAACUUCACUUCCCUCACAGUCACGGGGUUCAUUCCUGCCCCGUCAGAUGCUCAGAGAGGUUACGAUGAGCUGGAUGAGUUGAGCUCUAUCGAAGACGUAGAAGGGGAGAGUCGCACCGGUAUAACUGUCUCAAUCGUUGCCAGAAGUCUGCACGAUGGCAUCUACGCCUCUCUUGAAGAGAUCCCCUGGGGAGAGGUCGAGAUGACCCUUCCCGAAUGUGAUACCAUGGGCAAAAGCUUGGAAGACGAGUCAAAGACGUCCGUCCAAUUCAACGUUACCGUGUCAGAGUCAAACCCAGACGAGAGGAAAUCCCUACGUUCCCAAGCCUCCCUGGAACAGUCCCAAAACACAAUUUCCGAGGCCGACAACACCCUGAGCAACGGGAGCAUCAACAUUCCGAGUUAUGUCAUCAAAUUAGGAUCAACUGCAACAAUUACUUGCGAACUGAACAAUUACCUACCGCCAAACAGUAAAAUCGACUGGUAUAAAGGCACUGCUCAAGUGAAGACCUGCCCAGGAAAGCUGGAUAGGAUCAGUCACGAUCUUCUCGAGGUGCUCAUCAUAAACAAUAUUGAAAUGGAAGACAACGAGCUAUACAGUCUCAAAGUGAACGACGAUAUUUUCCCAGUAGCGUAUUUGAUCGUGGAAGCGCCAUCGACAGAGGAAUUCGGCGCUACCAUCCUCACCCCUCCUCAAACCCAAUUUGUCAUGGAGGGACAGCCGACAGUAUUGAUGUGCCAAGUGAGCGAUCCAAACCAAGAGGUCGUAUGGUUGAAGGAGCGGAAACCGCUCAAGGAAACCGCUCGCUUACAGCUGGAGAACUCCGGUGACGGAUGGAGCCGUGUGAUCUUUUCCCAGACGCGGAUGUCCGACCAGGGUACAUACUUCGCAUUUGUCGGCGAUCAAAGCGUCGCCAUUACUCUUGUCGUUGAAGAGCGAAUCGACGAGAAAGAGGUGACGGUGGUUGCGUCAGGCACAGAGAGUGAGGACGAGGACGUCCAGGAAUACCUGAUGCCACCGGGCAGUACAGCUACGAUCGCUUGUGAACUCGAGGAUGGCGACCACGUGCCCAGUCUUGUGUGGCUCAAAAACGGCCAGGAAAUCGCGUUCACCGAUCCGAAUAAGAUGGAACACGUUGUUAACGGCCUCAAGCACUAUUUAGUUAUUCAUGACACUUCUCCUAAAGACACUGGACUUUAUAGUGUAUCGAUUUCGAACACAGAGUUCAGAGUGGCGCAUUUGGCUGUGAAUGACCUGGCCACGGUCUCACAGAACCUCCGGCGGAAACGUAUCUCAAACAGCUCAUUGCACUGA